UGAAUCGCCUGACGACAUGGGCAAUCUUCAUGCAUCACUCUGGCACGGGGUAUCGGGACAACAGAGAGGGCGGGUGUGCAGGAUGCAAUUACAGGCCACGUCAGGAUUUUUUUGCUUAGAGGCAUCGGAAGGGCUCAAUUCCGCAGCAAGUAGUGGGGGAGGUCCUCCCGCGAUUUAGGGACGCCCAUUGGUAGCCGCGGCGACACUGCGACAUUGUGCGCAUGUCCGAGAUCACGUGCCGUGCCCUCGGUUCUGCCCUCGAGAUGCAUGGUAUCACCUGCCUCACUUCGGCCGAUGCGCCAAUGAGUCCAAACGCCCGAAACUGCAAUGAGACCGCACGCCCAAACUGUGGGGGCAGUUGGUGCAUGGAUUUGGCCUUCUUGGUUCAGAUCCUUACGCUACAUAAUUUCAGGGAACGCUCGUUAAUUUCCUUCAGUGCCGAUGGCAGCCAUCAAGGCAAAACCAGGAAAGCGUUUGUCCCAGCCAGCUACAUACUCCAUACAUGCAAGCCUUCUGACCUCAUCCAUUUAAGCUCUCUCGGACCUUAUUUCAUUAAGCUCCUAUGUGCGCGCUCCAGAAGGCACGUCUGUCGAACGGCUGGGUUUUAUGGUCUAGAAAGAGAGCAUUUUUUUUUGAACAAUGGCAUUGAAAAGUUCAUUAAUUAUAACUCCUUUCACGCUUGGCCGUACACUGAAUAUUCUCAUGCCCAAUAUCGUGCAAGUUUUUCCGGGUCAGAUUGCUAGUUUUUCGCGGCUCAUGAAUCUCGGUCGUGCAAAAGCAGACGCGCCUUGGCUCCCGGCCCAUAACUCCGUCGAUCCCCACGUCACGUGACCCCAAUAAAUCCGGACCACAGCUCAAUGUGCCAGAGUUGAAAACCCCAGCACGCGCCUGUGGCCCCAAAGCUACUUGCCUGAAUGUAGGACGAAAAAGAGAAAUCCCAAAACUCAAUUUCGAUUUCACGGGGUGAUGGCGCCAUAUCGCCUAGAGUUACCCAG